AUGAAGAGGGAUACUUUAUUAACGACGGUGCUUGAUGCAACCAAGACCUUAAUUGCAAGGGAUGAUGAAACAACUACUGAUAUGCCGGCUAUGCCAACAUUAUCAGAUCCUAAUGCAUUUACAACACCAGCAAUAUCUGUACCAGCAAAUGGGAAUAAUCCAUUUAUCAUAAGACAACUGAAUCCUUCAGGAACAGUUUUCAUUGCAGUUGGUGCUAUUGUUGGAGCAAUAUUAUUGGGUUUUAUAUUAUAUCAUUUAAUUGUUUCAUGUAGUGCAUCAAGAUUAGCUAAAAAGACAAGUGCUUAUGAUAGAGGAAUGUAUGAAAAAUAUCAAACUAAUAAUAACAAUGCAUACGGUUUUGCAAAUAUGACUCCUCAAUCAACUUUGAAUAAUUUUACAAAUGAAUAUACUAAUCACCAUGGAGCUUCAAUUUCAAAACUUCCUUUGUUAAAUAAUAGAUCAUAUAAUAAUUUAGGAGGAGGAUCACAGUAUGGAGAUAAUUCAACUAUAUAUCAAUCUGAUAACAAUGCAACAACGAAACAUGAUCUUACCAAAAUGUUUAUUUCUCCUACCGCAGAAGUUAUGCAACACAAAAGAGUUAGAUCUUUUAAUACAUCUUCAUUAACAAAUUUACCAUUUGGUGGAUCAAAUUCAAAUCUAGUUAAUCCAUCACCAGCAUCAAAUAGACAUUCACAAUUAGUUCCAAAUUUAUAUAUUAAUAAUGAAAUUAAUAAUAGUGAGUACUCAAUUAAUCAACAACAACAACAGCCACAAACUGAACAAAGUUCACAAAGUAACCUACACUUGAAUCAACAACCACUACAAUCACAAUCACAAUCACAACAAAGAGGUCAACCUAACGGUAGAAAAACUAUACCUUCGAUGUAUCUUGAAGAUUUAAUUGACUAA